AUCUAAACGUAGGUUCCUCUAUGUGUGUAAUUGUUUAUCGCAGUAACGGUGCUCUCGCGGGAUAACGAGAUCCCGUAUGCGCGGGUAAAGAGCGAGCCGAGUGGCAGAGGGAAACCGUGGGCCUCUCGCUCUCCGUUCCUUGCCUUCGCCCGACGACGAUGACGGAGCACGAGCCGAACGCGAUGUUCGCGCGGGUGGCGUCGGCGUUCUUCUACGGGCUGUCGUCGUUCAUGAUAACGGUCGUCAACAAGACCAUCCUCACGUCGUACGGCUUCCCGUCCUUCCAAGUGCUGGGGAUCGGCCAGAUGCUCGCGACGGUCCUGGUGCUGUUCGCCGCCAAGAGGCUGCGCUACGUCGAGUACCCCGGCCUCGAGGUGACGACCUUCGCCAAGAUAUGGCCGCUGCCGCUGAUUUACAUCGGCAACAUGAUAUUCGGGCUGGGCGGCACCAAGCAGCUGAGCCUGCCGAUGUUCACCGCCCUCAGGCGGUUCAGCAUCCUCAUGACGAUGAUCGCCGAGUACUAUAUCCUCGGCAUCGAGGCGCGCAUGUCGAUACAGCUGAGCGUCUACACCAUGAUCCUGGGCGCGGUGGUGGCCGCGCUCAACGAUCUCGCCUUCAAUCUCGAGGGCUAUAUCUUUAUCCUGUUUAACGACCUCUUCACCGCCGCGAACGGCGUGUACAUGAAGAAGAAGCUAGAUUCCAAGGAGUUAGGGAAGUACGGGCUGAUGUAUUACAAUUCUCUGUUCAUGCUCGGGCCGACGGUCCUGCUGGCCUGGUGGACGGGCGACAUAGCCCUGGCGCUGGAUUACCCCAGCUGGACGAAUCCGCUGUUCAUUCUGCAGUUCGCACUGUCGUGCAUAAUGGGCUUCGUACUGUCGUACAGCACGCUCCUCUGCACGCUGUACAACUCCGCGCUGACGACCACCAUAAUCGGAUGCCUGAAAAAUAUAUGCGUGACGUAUCUCGGCAUGGUGAUCGGCGGGGAUUACAUAUUUUCGUGGUUGAACUUUGUAGGACUGAAUUUAAGCGUGAUAGGUAGCUUAGUAUACACCUGGGUGACGUUUCGUAAGAAAGAGAGUCUGCAGCCAAAGUACGCUUUGUUGACUGAAUCCAAGGCCAGUAAGAUACAAGCCAUAUGAUUGUAAGCUUUCGCGUUAUAAGAACCCGACCGCGAUGAUGUAUUUUUGUGUAUAAUACAGGAAAAAAAACGAAGCGUUUGUACAAAGAAUUUAUAAUUUAACUUCAGGAAGCUAGUGUGUAACAGAGCUAGUGAGCUUUAUUUUUAAGUAUAAGACAAAUCAGUUAAGGCACACACAACAUGUUCCUUUGUAUCGAACAAUGGCAGGGUGGUGCGUACGUCACCAAUAGCUGCUAUGAAUAUUUCUGUUCCUCGUGUCACAAAGUGCUUUUUCAACUUGGCUCAACUUGGCUCAAGGGAGCGGCGUGAAAUAAUAUCGACAACCCGACUGUAAUAUGUACCAAAGUAAAAAAUUAUCGUGUUACCAGAUAAGUAUUAUGUUAACUAGGGCAUACCUAAAUAUUCGAGAUCAAUUAGGGUAUGAUCGUCGCCAUAUACAGUUAGUCUGUAAUCUACGUCUGCUAAUCUUGUACAUACACACAAACGGAAAUUUUAAUGGAAA